UAGCAUUUUGGUGGCGCAGUAUGACAGCCUGCUGUAUGACGUCACUAGAAAAACGAACAUCAUGAGCAGAACAUCCCGUUUGUGUAGUUAAAUAAUUGUCUGCAUAACAAUUACAUCAAGCGUGACAUGAUACGCCUUAUUACGAGAGGAAAAGUGAACCAAACACCACUGUCACAAGCACACCGUGGGAGUGUGUGCAGUCAGGAAGAGUAAACGUUGCUUCCGUAAUACAACCAUAACAAACAAGCACGUGCAAAGUUCAUAUCAAAAUAAUGUGAAUGAAAAUUGUUUCAAAUGAGCUAUUUGUAUUUAUGUAUUUAGAAUAUCUCGGCAUUCGGGCACGAGAAAGUAAAAGCUAAGAAUUAUUACUGAAGAUAGUGAGUUAGGCUGCAGCUGUGCAAACAGUUGUCGAUUCUGCUGUUGAUAUGGAAAACUGAGUCACCUGUAGUUGCUCUCCGAUCAUAUGACUGUUUGAAGUACUGAAUUCCGUUACUUGGAUUUGUUUACUGUUCAUUCUAUUGGUAUCUGGACACUGAGGACGUCUCUGAACGGCUUGUCAAAAGAGAAAGAGGGAUGUCGUAUGAACAAGAUGAAGAUGACCAAUAUGCUCCAGGGUAUGACGUUGGUUCAUUUCCUAAAGAUUUUGGAUAUGGUCCCUUCGACCAGGAUGGCGAUGGUCCCCCAGGCCCUCUGGCUGGUGAGCAGAAACCGAGAAUAUUGCUGAUGGGCCUUCGGAGGAGUGGUAAAUCUUCAAUACAAAAGGUGGUCUUCCACAAAAUGUCACCCAACGAGACACUAUUUCUGGAGAGUACAAACAAGAUAAUUAAAGAUGACAUUUCAAACUCAAGUUUUGUGCAGUUCCAAAUAUGGGACUUUCCUGGUCAGAUUGAUUUCUUUGACCAGUCAUUUGAUUCUGAUAUGAUAUUUGGAGGGUGUGGAGCUCUGGUUUUUGUUAUAGAUGCACAGGAUGAUUACAUGGAAGCACUGAUGAAAUUAAAUCUUACUGUUACAAAAGCCUUCAAAGUUAAUCAGAGCAUUAAAUUUGAGGUUUUCAUUCAUAAAGUAGAUGGAUUAUCAGAUGAUUAUAAGAUGGAAACACAGAGAGAUAUUCAUCAGAGAGCUAACGAUGAUCUUGCAGAUUCAGGAUUUGAUCAGAUUCACUUGAGUUUUCAUCUGACUUCUAUUUAUGAUCACAGUAUAUUUGAAGCAUUCAGUAAAGUUGUACAAAAGCUGAUUCCACAAUUACCAACAUUGGAAAAUCUGUUGAAUAUAUUGAUUUCGAAUUCUGGAAUUGAAAAAGCCUUUCUUUUUGAUGUUGUGUCGAAGAUAUAUAUAGCAACUGAUUCUUCUCCAGUUGACAUGCAGAGCUAUGAACUUUGCUGUGAUAUGAUUGAUGUUGUUAUAGAUGUCUCUUGCAUUUAUGGCCUCAGAGAUGACACAGAUGCAGCAGCAUUUGAUUCUCAGAGCUCAAGCUUAAUUAAACUUAAUAAUGGUACUAUUUUGUACUUAAGAGAAGUGAAUAAGUUCCUAGCUCUAGUGUGUAUACUAAGAGAAGACAACUUUGAUAGACAAGGGGUAAUUGACUACAACUUUCUUUGCUUCCGAGAAGCCAUACAGCAAGUAUUUGAAUUGAGAAAUAAGAGCCAGGCGUUAGGAAAUACAACAAACAGCCAUGUAGCAAACCAUGUGAAUAGCCUGUCAGCAGGCAUGGAACAGCCACAAGUAAAUGGUGCCAAUAUGAAAAGCUGAGGCAGUAAACGGAGUCUGCAAGGAUUGAAACAGGGCAUAUGGAAGAUGAAGGUAAUGCUUACAAGGAUAUCUUGCAUCGCAGUUUAUUGUACUUUGCCCGUGUUAAGUGUACUGUUCAAGUAUUGUUUAGGACAUUCUAGUCUAGGAAUGCAGUUUAAGAACAAGCAAGAAGAAUGUGGCAUGUGACAGAAUUUGCUGAUCUGCAAUUAUGCCAUGCAUUCUCGUAAGAUUUUUUUGGCAUAAAACAUUGUUGUCUAUUGCCAUACAAGGGGCACAGUGAAUGUCUUAUUUCUUCGUUACAUAUCUGAUCGCGUUGCUAAAAUAUGUACAUACUACAGAGUGCAGAGAUAAUUUUAUAUUUUAAGAACAGCUGACAAGACACUUAUUUUUAAAAAUUUGCCUUCUUAGAGAGGAAAAAAUAAGGCUGUAUCAGAUUUGUAGAAUAUUGUGUGUUGAUAGCCACUAUAAACUAGCUAAUUUUAAGAAUUUUGCAGUUAUUUUAUAUGCUAUUUAUAGACUUCUUGUAUAAGAUGUUAAACUGAAAGACUUGUUUUCAAAAAUAAAUAUAAAGAAAUGUUUUAGUAUGAUCAAAGUUGUUUGUUUAGUAAUCUCCUGUGUCAUUAAGAAAUAUGAGAGGAUUUGUGACACAAUAAAAACAUAAAUUUCAUUGCUUAAACAGAUAUUAGAUUUUGUGGCACUGUGCCAUUAUUCAGUUCUCACUACUAUAGCAUUGUCAGUACAGGAGGAUCUAUAAAUUCAAAUCUGAAACACAAUGGAGGACUGAUUUAUAUUCAGUAUUGUUUAUAAACAACACUGAUGAAAUGUGUUUCCGCAUAAUUUAUUACAUCUUAGCAUGAAAAAGCAAACUGGUAGUGAAGUUUCUUACAUUUACAUUAUUUGUCUGGUGCAACCCUGCUGGAAAAGAACUUUCAGUGCUGAUUAGCAUUUCACACACCAUGUGUGCCAAUCGCUUCUGUCAUAAAUAUUGCAAUAUUUUAUAGAUUGUUCAUUUACUACUUCAUUUUGUAUCACCUCAUGUAAUAAAUUGUUGUACAAUGCAACUGUAUAUAGAAUUAAUGGAAUUUGUUAUUGCUCAUUUUACAAAACUCUUAGCAUUGAAGAACAUAAAACUUGCGAUAGAAAGUUGCACUGACUAUUUAUUUUUCUGAUUCUUAUGGAAAAUCCUCACUAGUCAUUUGGGAGCUAAUUUGAUCACCACAUUGUGUGACUGUUGUGUAAUUGUGUAUAGAUAGUGAUGCUUUGAAAGGGAGAACUAUUGCAAUAUGUUUAACAUUCACACUGCCUCUGCUGUCUGUCUUAUAUCUGUAAAUCACUCUGUUGCAAAUACAUGGUAGGAUAAACGAAUGUCUAUGUAAUUUUAGUUUAUAAGCACAUCUGUGACCACAAUACUAUUGCACUUGGCCUCCCAUGGCUGUUGUCAGAAACAUGUGGUGACAUUACAGCAAACAAGCGCUGUGGUGACUAAGGAAAACACAUCACACUGCGAUUGAUUCCAAGACAGUUGUGCAUAUUCUGUUGUGUUUCAGCAUGUCCUCUUGAAAUAACAUUAAAAAAUCUCACAAUAACGAUAUAUUUUAUUCUUUUAGUUCAUGGGUUUUAUCUUGUAGUAAUGUCUUUCGUAUUUAAAUCUGCCGAUUAAUUGAUUCGUGAUACUGUAAUUUUUCAGCAGUCAGUUUUAGUGACCAAGAAACCAGUCCCAUAUGCUACUAAGCAUCCAUUUCACUUAAAUAAAAAUGGUACACACACACGGUUUACUGUUCAGUAGUAUAGUUUGUAGAUCUACACUCUGUCAAAAUACCAGAGAAACUAUUUUUAUGCCAGAAAAAUGUGCUUUAAUAAUGUUUUCAUUGUUAUUAAAAGUAGUAAGUAGCUGUGAGUCCCCUCUUUGAUUACUAUGUUAUGCUGCUUGUAUAUGGAAAUAUGUUAGAUACUGUCAUUUACUCAUAAUACUUCUGAAUAAACUUUCUGUUAUAUAGUUUAUUAAUGUGUAAUUUUUUUAAAAUUUAAUUUUGUGUCCAUCAAUAAGAGGAUGGUGCGAACUAUUCCCAACGUGUAACACUGGGCAUAUCUGAAAAAGUAAAUCUUUGGAAAGUGAAGAGUUAGCCAUCAUGAUUUAAUUCAUAUACUGAAGAAUAGUUUUGAUUGCAUAUGUGUGUAAAACUAAUAAAUUAUUACAUGACAGUGUAUUCUUUAAAAGUUACCUUAAAUGUGUAUGUUCUUGUUGUCUUUGUGAGUGUACAGUAUGUUGCGUACUUAUGAUUUACAAAAAAUUAUAGCUACUAUGUAAUGUUCUCAUUGUAACUAGGAGAAGAGCAGUUCAUUAUGCACAUUUUAUGUAUGGUUUUUUCCCCCUAUUACUAUCUAAUCAUAAAGAAUUUGAAAUGUGUUCAGUGUUUGGUUGCAGUCUUCUUCUAAAAUAUGUGGUGUUUUUUGUUUUUUUUAAUACUGCAAUAAGGGUUAAUUCCUAAAUUUCAUUUUAUCAUUUUAAAGGUUUCAUUAGUUAAUUUCAUUUUUCUCAAAGAUACUGACAUUGUAAUUCUGUUUCAUUUUUAACUGUCCUUUUUAAUUAAGCUCCAGGAAACAAUUGUCAAAGAUUGUGACGCUCAGCAGGGACGUCAAUUAUAAAUCUCAGUUUUCGCACAGACACUGCACGAGUCAUUGUUUUUCAUGGUUUAAUACAUUACAUAACUCACAGUCUCUGCCAGUUUUUUUUUAAGUUAAUUUUUCCAUGACAUGUUAUAAUUAACGGCAGAGAUUGAGUGUCUUCCAUCGAGCAUAUACAAAAAAAAAAAAAAAAAAAAAAAAUAAUUCGUGUUCGAUUGCAUUAUUGUCAUCAAGGGUUCUGUGCCAUCUGUGUAUUGUAUGCUAUACAAAUAUAUAACUUUAUAAAUUUUUUGUUUGUGUUGUCAUGAACUGUAGUUAUUUGUGUCUUCCAUCUAUAAUUCUGGGUUGUUCAACACCUAUGCACAAUAAGACACUUUUUUUUUUACAAAUGAAAUUUACUCUGACAGUACAGGAAGCUAUUCAGUACUUAAUUCAGUUUACAGUACACACAGUGAUAUCAUUGUAGAUAUCUUGAUUUAUUUGUUGUACAUCACUGUGAUUCUUUUUAGUAUUUACAUAAUAUCUGAGGCAGAUAAGUGUUUUGAGGUCAAAAUCUGAUGGUUUCAUGUGUAUAAUUGUUACUACAUAUGCCUUUUAUUUAUAUCUCAUAUGUUUGAGAACGGGUAAAUUAUGUACUUCUGUGCUAUGCGAGCUAUAAAAAUAUCUUUGUUUAAUAAAACAGGAAAUAUUUAUCUAA